UCAUCAGGUCCACGGCACGAAACUUUUACCAUAAUCCCUCUCACACUCACAAGCACUACGAUGUCUUCCAUUUAAACGAAGCGGAGACCCGGUGCAAGGUGGCACUUAUGAGACAGCUGCAUGUCUUGGUCCAAUCGGUCGUUUUUUUUUCUGAAAGAAGAUAUUCAGAGUGUCCUCCGGUGGUGACGUCAGGAGCAAAGAGCAGCAGGCAGAGCGCAGAAGAGGCGGAAAACGAAAGAGGACACAACCUGUGUCCGCCGGAGCGCAUCUCUUCUCCAAAACUUCUCCGGCUCAGUCCGAGAGCACGCGGGGGACAGCAACGAAACAACCCUAACAACUAAAAAAACACACACACACGCACGCAAACACACACACACGCAUACACACACACGAGGAAGAAAAGACCGUCGCCGCGAGCGAUGAACAAGUCUGUCGGCUUGAACGCGAGUCCGCCGCCACCGCGGGUCGGCGGCUCCGGGACCGCGGACCACGAGCUCGUUAUCACCUCCACUUUCGGGACGCUCCUCUCCGUCGUCUACAUCGUCGGCGUGUCGGGCAACGUGUACACGCUGGUGGUGAUGUGCCACUCGAUCCGCUUCGCCACCUCCAUGUACAUCUCCAUCAUCAACCUGGCUCUGGCGGACCUGCUCUACCUCUCCACCAUCCCGUUCGUGGUGUCCACCUACUUCCUGAAGGACUGGUACUUCGGGGACGUGGGCUGCCGCAUCCUGCUCGGCCUGGACCUCCUCACCAUGCAUGCCAGCAUCUUCACGCUCACCGUCAUGUGCACGGAGCGCUACCUGGCCGUGACCAAGCCGCUGGACACGGUGAGGCGCUCCAAGAGUUACCGCAAAGCCCUGGCGUGGGGGGUCUGGCUGCUCUCGCUGGUGCUCGGGGUACCCAUGAUGGUGAUGGUCACGCAGACCACCAAGGAGACACCGGACGGGGGCGUGAAGAGGAUAUGCGAGUCGACCUGGGCGCCCCUGGUUUACAAAGUGUACCUGACCGUCCUGUUCGGCACCAGCAUCAUGGCGCCGGGGCUCGUCAUCGGAUACCUGUACGUGAAGUUGGCCCGCACGUACCUGGAGUCGCAACGCAACUCCGAGAUCAGCAGAGGCAGCAAGCGGUCCCCCAAGCAGAAGGUGCUGAUCAUGAUCUUCACCAUCGUGCUGGUGUUCUGGGCGUGCUUCCUGCCAUUCUGGAUCUGGCAGCUGCUGUCCCUGUACCGCACCGAGCCCCUGAAGCUGGCCUCGCAGACGCACACGUGCAUCAACUACCUGGUGUCGAGCCUCACGUACAGCAACAGCUGCAUCAACCCGUUCCUGUACACGCUCCUCACCAAGAACUACCGCGAGUACCUGAAGAACCGGCACCGGAGCUUCUACCGGUACACGUCGUCGUUCAAGCAGCGGCCGGCCAGCCUCUACUCGUGGGGGAAGUCCGCGUCCUCCAGCAAUCAGUUCGAGUUCAACUCCGAGACGCUUGCGAUGGGGCCCAUGAAGUGACUUGAGAAGCACGUGGGAGGCGGGAGAAAGCUUUUGGAGGCGCAAUAGGGCUCGUGCACGCCAGUAAGCAGCGCCAUCGCCAGUGGGUGCACUCAGGGCAUGGCGGGGUCCGAGAUGGCGUGCGCCGGGUCACAGGUGAAGGACACGGUGAUGGCGUAGCGCGUCCCCCACGCCACCUUCUCCACGCGGUGGAGGUUCUCCGUGCCAGAGGAGAAGAAAGAGACUCGUCCUGCACAAGGAGGGAAUGAGAGAGACUUUUUCAAGAUGGGAAAGAACAAGUGGUUUAAAUAGGAAGAUUUUGGGAAAUAUAUUAUAUUUCCUGUCCCUCUAAGACUGAGAUGGUAUAUCAAUAAUAUACAGGACGUGGCAUUGGCAGACAAAAUGGAAGUCGCUUGUUUGAAAAUGCAAAAUAUUUAGCUACUAACACCGCUGAAGGCUUAUUUACACAUGCUUUUAUAUUUUUUAAGUCAUAUGUACACAUUUUGCGAAAAAACAGCUGGCCUGGCUUUGGAAAAAAUUGAAAUAAAAAAACAACAACCAAUAUUUAGUCUAUUAUAUUCAACACAGAUUAUUUCAUGAUGGGUUACAUGGCUUCGGUGAUUCUAGCAGUUUCACCUUUUACUCCAGUUGUUAUGCUAAGCUAGGCUAAACCUGACUUGAGCCAAAUUGUGAUGAGCUCCAAAGUGCAAUUCAUAAAACAAAUCCCAGGCAUUUUCAUAGAUAUUGUGAUAUUGAUUGAGUCAAGUUUUUCCCCUUUCUACUCUAUAUGCUAAACUAUUCUCACUCCAGCUUUGUAUUUAAUGCACAGACAUGAGUACAAAUAAUGAUGUUCACAUUUCAAUCUUUGAGAGACAAUGAAUAUAUACUUUGUCCAUUCAAAGUAUAGAAAGCAAUGUUAUUCUUGAAACUGUGUUUGACGCAGACUGUUACCUCUGAAUAGAUUUAGUUUAUUUAUCAGACGCUUUGAUCCGCAGGGCCAGAUAAUGAGCUUUCAGUCGUUUACAAGCCAGUCUGGUUCCGUCUGACCUCCAUCUACUCGGUCUUUGAUAGACAUUUGCAUUAAUUAAUGUUAACAGCUGGUCUCCAGUUGCGUUAAAGUUUUCAUACUGGAUUUGUUACAAAACUUCAAGGUUUUCACCUUUUGAAAAGCGUUAUCUCAUUAUGUGACUAUGAAUAAAAAGCUGGAGUCAUUGUGAA